CCCCGCCCGCCACUACAGCAAGCGAAGGACUCCCAGAAUGCCUCCCAAAAAGGCCAAGGAGGAGGAGAAGAUCCUUCUGGGCCGUCCCGGAAACAACCUCAAGAGCGGAAUCGUUGGGCUGGCAAACGUUGGCAAGUCCACGCUCUUCCAGGCCAUUACAAAGUGCAACCUGGGGAAUCCUGCAAACUUUCCCUACGCCACCAUUGACCCUGAGGAGGCCCGUGUCAUCGUCCCUGAUGAGCGCUUCGACUGGCUGUGCGAGAAGUACCAGCCAAAGUCGCGGGUGCCUGCCAAUCUCACCGUCUAUGAUAUUGCUGGCUUGACCCGCGGUGCCUCAACAGGCGCCGGUCUCGGCAACGCUUUCCUCUCGCACAUUCGGGCCGUCGACGCCAUCUUCCAGGUUGUGCGGUGUUUCGAUGAUGCCGAGAUCAUCCACGUCGAGGGCGAUGUCGACCCGGUCCGCGAUCUCAACAUCAUCAGCGAAGAGUUGAGGCUUAAGGAUAUCGAGUUUGUCGAGAAGGCGCUCGAGAACCAGAAGAAGAAGACUCGCCAAGGUGGUCAGAGUCUGCAGAUGAAGCAAUGGAAGGAAGAGGAGGCUACAAUUGAAAAGGUCCUCGCGUGGCUCAAGGACGGCAAGGAUGUCCGCAAGGGGAACUGGAGUCCCAAAGAGGUCGAGACCAUCAACCCCUUGUUCCUCCUAACGGCGAAGCCCGUCGUCUUCCUCGUUAACCUCUCUGAGAAGGACUAUAUUAGGAAGAAGAACAAGCAUCUUCCCAAAAUCGUUGAAUGGGUUAACCAGAAUGCCGAAGGGGAUCCCAUUAUCCCCCUCUCUGUCUCAUUUGAGGAGCGGUUAACGCGGUUCGCGACCGAGGAGGAGGCCAAGGAGGAGUGCAAGAAGGUCGGCGCCGAUUCGGCGCUGCCCAAGAUCAUUAUCGCCAUGCGCAAGGCGCUGAACCUGGGGAGCUUCUUCACCACCGGCCCUGAUGAGGUCCGGCAAUGGACUAUUCGGAACGGUACCAAGGCGCCGCAAGCAGCCGGUGUCAUCCACAGUGAUUUCGAGAAGACCUUCAUCCAGGCCAUUGUGUAUAACUACAAGGUACUCAAAGAGCUUGGUGACGAGGCCGAGGUCAAGGCAAAAGGCAAGGUCCUGACCAAGGGCAAAGACUAUGUUGUCGAGGACGGUGACAUCCUGCUGAUAAAGGCAGGCGCUGCCAAGGGCUAGGUUACGCAAAAACAAUGAUAUGAGGUUCACGAGACAUGAUCGACUAUUGCAAGCUUGAGCUCGUGAAACCAUCCUAGAACUGGAGACUAACUUCAUCAGACCAUACGGACCAACGGCUGGGUCAAAGGCGCUGAGUGUGUCUUGUUGGUACUUGUUGGUAAGCUCUGAGAAUCCACGUACACCAAAUGGUUGUUGAGGAAUGUUGCAAACGGGCCUAGCCUACCUGACGCUUGGUGGAUUCCUAAGGUAUGAUGUGAUGUCAACAAUGGGCCAUUGACGAUUGGGAUAUGGGAUAUAGCACUCCGUUCUUGGAACAGAAGCCUCAGCAAGCAAUCCCUCCUGACAGUGUAGGGCCGUUUGUUUAUGGACAGCUGUUCUCUAGACAU